CGAAGUUUGUUUUUAUUGCGUCAAACUGCGUUUUCAAGAUCAAAGAGCUUCAGUUUGAAACUUUACUGCAGCGUUUAACGUGUUUUUGAACAUGGAGCAGCUUUUUAGUAAAGUCUUACAGCUGAUCGUCAGGAGCAAAGACAGCGAGGAAAGGAAAGUAAAUGUCCGCGUCACCAUUGAGCUUCAGCUGACAACAAACCCAGUCCACAAGCGAGAUCUCUUUUUGAGACUAACAGAUGACACUGACCCAUUUUUUCUCUUCAACCUAUCCAUAUCAGAAGAAGACUUUCAAAGUUUGAAAGUGCAACAGGGGCUGCUGGUAGAUUUUGCUUCUUUUCCUCAGAAGUUCAUUGAUCUGCUGAAUCUCUGCUUUUCUGAACAAGGCUCAGACAGUCCGAGAUUUCUCCUGCAGUUGUCCUGCCAGUCGCCUGUGUUUGAAGGCCCCACCGUCUUCAGUGUCGUAGAAACCAAUGCGUUCAAACACCUGAAUCAUCUGUCUUUACGACUUGCUCAAGGAAAUGACAAAGCCAUUAGAGAUUACUUGGCAGUGUGUCUUUCUUCACUAAAGGAUGAGAAGCAGGCACUGGAGCUGAGGCUGAAGAAGACUGAAGAUGACCUUUCCAGACAGCUGACCUAUGCUCAGCAGACUCUGUCUGAGAAAACAAAGGAGCUGGACCGGUUACGUUCUGAAUGGACAAGUCAGACGAGCUCGUUGUCCAGUCGCCAUUCUGUGGAGCUGCAGUCGGAAAGAGAGAAGGCCCUCGAGGUACAGAGCAGGCUUCAGCAGCAGGCGGAGCAGCUGCGCCACCAGCUGGAGAGCGCGCACCAGAGGAGCAGUCAGCAGCUUCAGAGCCGGCUGAGCGAGCUGGAAGCCUCCCACAGAGAGCUGACGGACAGGAAGUACAAGAGCGAAUCCACCCUCAGGGACCUGAAAAUUAAACUAGCCAGCGCAGAAGAGGACUGCCAGCGGUCGAAGCAGCAGUUGGUGUCUCUGAGGAGGGAGAACAGCACCCUGGACUCACAGUGCCAUGAAAAGGAGCGCUUAGUGAGCCAGCUGCAGAUGAGGGUCGCUGUCCUGGAGCAAGAAAUCAAAGACAAGGAUCAGAUCAUGAGUCGAACAAAAGAAGUACUUGAAGCCACUCAGCAGCAGAAGGAAUCAAUAGAGGAAAAUGCUGAAGGUAAAGAACAUCAAAUUCACAAACUUGAAGCGACAGUAAAGUCCCUGUCUGAAGAGCUGAUAAAGGCCAACAGUAUCAUUAAGAAGCUCCAGGCGGAGGUCCGAAGCCUUGCUGGCAGAAUAAAAGUAAAAAACACUGUGACUGUGUCGCAGGAGAAAGUGCUCCAAGAAACGUCAGAAAAGCUGAGUGCAGCUGAGAAGGACCUGCAGAAGAUGCAGCAGCAACUCAUCAGCAAAGAUGAACAGAUUUGUAAACUGAAGGAGCAGCUGGACACAACGAUACAGAAGCUAAAUGAAAGCAAAGAAGUAUUAAAAACCAACGAGAAUGUUAUAAGUUGGCUGAACAAGCAGCUGAAUGACAAAGAGUUGUCCGUGAAGCCACAGACUCCUGAAACAUUUCAGCCUCCUGUGUUUUUGGCUCCAACAGCAGGGCUGAAGACACACUGUCUUCCUGUGGCUGUCCAACGUGCUGCUGCUGAGGUCAUCUCUACUGAACAGCGCCCAGUGCUGCCAGAUGCCCCACAGAGUCGAGAGACUGCUGGAUUAGAGUCAAAGUACUUUGGAAGGAGAGACGACAGCGUCCCCUUGUAUGGCCUCCCAUCUAGUUUGCUUCACAGAGAAUCUUCUCAGCGAGUGAAGCCGUCUGUACCUUCUGCUUACUUCUUGUCGUGACCCGUGGUCCAGAUGGACGACAUGGGACCAGCACACACAAACACACACACACACACACACACACAC